AUGGAGGACUCGUCUGGCACGACAGGGGCGUCAGAUCCGCCUACGCCACCUCCCAGCGACCGUGGAUCCUCGCCGACGGGGUCUCUGCACUGGCGCCCCAAUCCCUUCCACGUAGUUAUCGUGAGGAUUGGAAGCCAUCCAUUCCUGAGGGCAUCCAUUGGAUUGGUGCUUAUAGGGUUUAUAUCUGGGAUUCUGGGAUGGCCCAGGCAGGUAGUCUUCUGGUUGAAUCUCGGCGCAUUGGUCCCUCUGAUGGCCUUGAUUACCAUUGCUAUUGCGGAGUUGUCGCAUACCCUGGGCCCAUUCCUUCACGAACUCCUGAAAUCGACCCUGGGAAACUCGGUGGAGUUAGUGGUAGGUGUUGUGUCGGCGCAAAUGGGACAAGGCCGCAUCUUCCACUCGGUGGUGGUUGGCAGCAUCCUGUGUUAUUCGCUUCUGGUGCUGGGUAGCUGCUUCUUGAUCUCCGGUUACGACAAGGAACAUCUCAUCUUCGACCGCACGUUGACUAGCAUCAUGUCAUCCUUGAUGAUCAUGGUGUGUAUCGCUUUGGUUCUCCCGGGGAUAAUGGUCACAUUCCCUUCCUUGGACACGAUCUCCAUAAAUGCGAUCGUCACGAGCCACGAGGUUCGUCUGGUCUCGUACGGUAUCGCCAUUAUCCUACUUCUGCUCCUUGCUGUCUUCCUCCUCUUUCAGCUAAAGACGCAUGCUGCAAUAUUUCAUGUUGCCGAACGCACCGGCAGGGCACAGAUUGAGGACUCUAGCACCGAGGGCCGCGCAGAUGAACUGCACCCAGAUCACCACUUGGGCGUCUUUACGCCCAGCCGCGCAGGUCUCGCUCUCCUGAUCGGAGUGACCUGCUUGGCCAUCUGCGUUACACAUUUGGUGAAUAGCGUCAAUGUGUCGCUGGAGAAAGGGACCGCCACCAGUUUUCCCAUUUUGGUCUGGGUACCCCUGGUGGGGAACGUGACCAAAUAUAUCACCAUCGUCGUGAUCUCGCGCCAGGGCCAUGUCGAGACGGCAAUCCGAACCAUUUUGAAUAGUAUUCUUCGCCUUACUCUUCUGGUCACCCCAGCCUUGGUACUCAUGGGGUGGGCAUUGGGUCAACCAGUCACCUUGCAAAUGGAUAAUUUCGAGGCCACCAUGCUGUUUCUGGCAGCUAUGGUUAUGAGCCAUGUCAUCCACGAAGGGAGAGCCAACUACUUUGAUGGGCUCAUGCUUUGCGGAACAUACAUUAUCACGGGAGUGGCCUUCUAUGUCUGUCCCAGUGUCAGUACCAUCAAGGAUGUUGCCGUCGUGAACACAUGA